CCGGGGCAAAGUUCUCUGGAAGAAGGACCGCCGACAUCAACAUUAUCUGAAUUAAAAACCCUUCUGGUCGCUGCCUAAGGUGUCAGCAGCAAGAAGAAGAUGUCUGGUCAGAAGAGACCAUGCGAUCCCAGUGGGUCCGUCUCCUCUGGCGCUCCUCCGGAGAAGAGGCGAGAGAGGGAGGUCGGAGAGGAGACUGCUGGGGUCAGCGCGGCAGCGGGAGGAAGCACCGCUGUGGAGACGGUCAUUAAACUUGGUGGCGUGUCCAACCCGGAGGAACAGGAUAUCAAAGCCCUGCAGGUGAAAAAUCGAAAACUGGGGGAGUCUCUUGACCAGAGACAGGUGAUUGAAGAUGAGCUUAGAGAGAGAGUCGAAAGGCUCGAGACUCGACAAGCUACUGAUGAUGCCAGUCUACUGAUUCUCAACAGAUACUGGAACCAGUUUGAUGAGAAUGUUCGACUCAUUGCUCGACGCUACGACCAAUCUGGCGGUGAGCCAGUGGAUGGCCACGUCAGCGAAGGGCGAAGCUUAAAGCCUGACACUCCAGAACCUGACGGAGACUCCAAUCAGGAGCGCGCAAAGGACCGAGGCCAGCAGGGGGAGACGUCCAACUCGUUCUUGGCCACUCUGGCCAGCAGCAGUAGUGAGGAGAUGGAGGCAGAACUCCAGGAGAGGGUGGAGUCCAGCUGUAAGCAGGCCCAUCGCGUGGCGGACAUCUACACCAGCCUGAAGCGCACCGUGGACCAGCUGAAGAAGACACUGGACACUGGGGCCGAUAGUAAUCUGUGGGAAGUGGCCACCCAGCUUAACUCCCUAUUGGGCAGUGAGAAUGAACGCCUGCGUCAGCUUACCGACAGCCUCAAACAGAAACACAGCCAGAUGACCAGUGAGUCUCGUGGACUGGGUCGUGCGGCAACGCGGGCUGAUAACCGGAUCAGUGAGCUGCAGGUGAUGGUUGAAGAGCUGCAGUGGGACAUGGAGAAGAUCCGGCGCAGAGAGAACCGACUCAACACACACCUGGGAGAGGUGCUGGAGCGGGUGAACAGCAAAGGCUACAAAGUCUGCGGAGAAGCCAGCAGUGUGUGUGGAACCAUCACUAUUAACAAGAGAAAGUUUGAGGAGAUGAAUAGUGAGCUGGAGGAGAACAAGGAGCUGGCAGAGAACCGGCUCGUUGAGCUGCAAAAACUGCAGCAGGACCUCCAGAACGUCCAUCAAGAGAACCAGAAUAUGAGGAUGGAGUUGGUGUGUCGGGCAGAAGGGGUGGUAAGAGAAAGCUCGGAGUACCGCUGCCUGCAGUCCCAGUUCUCAGUUCUGUACAACGAGUCCCUGAUCCUAAAAGCCCAGCUGGACGAGAUCAGGGCCCGGCUCAACACCACCAGAACCGCACGACUACGUCAGCUAGACCACAUGGAGAACGAUGAGGUGUCACUGCAGCGUAAAGUGCGCACUGAGGUCAUUCAGCUGGAAGACACUCUGGCUCAAGUGCGUAAGGAGUAUGAGAUGCUGCGCAUUGAGUUUGAGCAAACACUGGCUGCCAAUGAGCAAGCAGGUAACCUACUCUCUCUCUCAGGUCCCAUCAAUAGAGAGAUGCGUCACCUGAUCAGCACCCUGCAGAACCACAACCAACAGAUGAAGGCCGAAGUCAUCAAGUACAAACUGCGUCUGAGGGAAGCGCAGCAGGAGCUCAACGUGGUUCGUGCCGCAAAGGGCAACGCAGUCCUCCAGUCGCAGUCCAGCACUGAACUGGACCUGAAAGAAGAGACCGCCUCCCCUCUGACGCCAGCCACGGGGGAUGUCACAGUGAAGGUGGAGUCUGAUAAUGACUCAGCCACGCCCACCAGCACAGGUGCCUCGGUGAAGACGGAGCCCGGCACAGAGCCCGAACUCGUCGUCAAGGAGGAAGAGAAGGAGAAAGAAAGAGAGAAGGAGAAGGAGAAAGACAAAGAGAAGGAGAAGAGAGAGAGAGAAAGAGACGAGAGAGAGAAAGAGAGGGUGACCCGUGGCAGUGCCAUUGUGAAAGAGGAGAGAGAGAGGGCUGGAACUAGCAGCAGCCAAUCAGAAGAGAAUGUGGUGGAACGCUGUGCUGUGGUUGGUGGACCAAAGAGGAAGGAGGUGGAGCAACUGAAAAUGCUUCGUGCUGAGCUCAAGAAAGCUCAAGAGUCUCAGAGGGAGAUGAAACUGCUGCUGGACAUGUAUCGCUCCGCCCCCAAAGAGCAGCGGGAUAAAGUCCAACUCAUGGCUGCGGAGAAGAAAGCCAAGUCAGAGGGGGAGGAGCUGCGCCAACGGUUGCGUGAGUUAGAGGAGAGGGAGAGGAGGGAGGGGAAGAAGAUGGCUGACGAAGAGGCGCUCAGGAAGAUCCGCUCUGUGGAGGAGCAGAUCGACAUCCUCAACAAGAAGCUGUCCUUGGCCAAACAGGAGGAGGAUGCGUUGCUGAGUGAGAUGGACGUGACUGGCCAGGCGUUCGAGGACAUGCAAGAGCAGAACAUCCGUCUGAUGCAGCAGCUGCGCGAGAAGGACGACGCUAACUUCAAGCUGAUGAGCGAGCGCAUCAAGUCCAACCAGAUCCACAAGCUGCUCAAGGAGGAGAAGGAGGAGCUCGCCGACCAGCUGCUCACGCUCAAGACACAGGUUGAUGCACAGCUUCAAGUGGUAAGGAAGCUGGAGGAGAAAGAGCGCCUCCUACAGGGGACCAUUGGCACUGCAGAGAGGGAGCUGACUCUCAGAACACAGGCUUUGGACAUGAAUAAACGCAAGGCGCAGGAGUCUGCGCUGCUGUCUGAGGAAGUGAAGUCUCAGCUGGAGGCGGUGCAGCAGAGGCUGAGUGGCGUGCGGGAGGAGGUGAUCGAGAACAGCAUCACCCGCGAGAAAGAGUCUUUCAACGCACGCCGUGCACAGGAGGACAUCUGCAAACUGAGAAGAAAAGUGGAGAAGGCCAAGAAGCCAGCCGACAUCCCCAGUGGAGAUGAGAUUCUGAAUGAGGAGAUCAACGAUUACAAGGCGCGUUUGACCUGCCCGUGCUGUAACUCACGAAUGAAGGACGCCGUGCUGACCAAGUGCUUCCACGUCUUCUGCUUUGAGUGCGUGAAAACGCGCUACGACACACGCCAACGGAAGUGCCCCAAGUGCAACGCUGCCUUCGGUGCCAACGACUUCCAUCGCAUUUACAUCAGCUAGGAGACAAGAAGCCGCCACGUGAUUGGCUGGCUGGCUGGCUGUUGGCCACACCCACACCUGACCCUCCCUAAACCCAUGGAUCCUCCAUGUGUUAGCGAUCGUGAUUGGUUAUGGGUUUGCACUGCUCCUCUUGGGUACCUCUUAGUGUGGUGGAGGUAGGAGGUGAGGAGAGGUGGUUGGUGUGUGACGUGUUUGGCAUCCUAGGGUUUGGCUAGAUUUUUUUUUUUUUUUUCUUAUUUUAUGACACGGAAGGAAAAAAAAACCAACAACAACAUCUAAAUGUGUCACCCAGCUACCCCUAUUAACAGCUAGUGCCCUCCACACCUGCUUCCUUACAUUCCGUCUAGAGGGGUUGCAUUUGGUGAUGCAAACAUGGACUGCUGAGAUGCAUUGUGUUCGUGAAGUCCCCAACCGCUAGUAGGAUAGAUGCGGUCGAUUGUUCGGUUCACAGUUCAGGAAAUCACAACCUUACGAGUUCACAGGACAUGACAAGAUAAACAAACGAACAGGACAAAAGAAGUUUUAGACUGGAGUGGGUUGGCUACAUAGCCCACAGAGAGAUACUUAGACUUAAUGAUGAAAUUAGUGAUAGUAGAUGAGGGCACCAGAAUUCAGUUUCUAGGCUUUUCAUCCGCCUGCACCCUUUAUUGCAAGUUGACAGUGGUGUUGUCAUUUUAUUGUACAUUGAUCUGUAUCGCUUACAGCCUUUUCUUUUUAAUGCCUCGCCUUUGCAGCACAGGCAGCUCCGGCUCUAACAGGUUCUGACUUUUGUAUUUGCUUGUGGGCAGUCAAUAAAUGUCUACAGAAACAAUGGUAA